GUCCUAGGAUUGGCUGAUUGGAUGGAGCGCUCUUAGCCAUUGCUGGGGCGGAUUUGUUAGCAUGACUAGCACAAAGAACUAGCUGGUUUAUUUAGAUUUAAUGUUAGGAAUAAAUACAUUUAUUUAAAUAUUUAAAGAAUCCAGUUAAAACAAGAAAUGCAGACAGACACGUAUUUAACACGUUACAAAAUGAUUUUGCGAAUUCUACUUUGAAGUGCAAAAGGAGAUGGAGGUGAGCCGAGGACUCACGCGUCGGACAUGAGCGUGACGGGUAUUCAUCCUGUAUCUGCACACGAAACUUCAGACCUGCCACAUCCCGUAACCCCGCCAUGUCAUCGACCCAUGUGGCGUCGACUAAGUUGUGAUCUCACUCUGCGAGGGGCUCGUCCAGCCCACUCAUGCCCGUGAUCCCGAUCCCGAGGCGGGCGCGCUCCUUCCACGGCCCCCACAGUACGUGCAUGCACUCGGCCUGCGUUCCGGCACGCACUUCCCAGCUGCUGCGCACCAACUACAGCAACUUUGACCUGUACCUGAAGUCGCGCUGGACGUACGGCUUUGUACGCUUUGUCCUCUACUUCGGCUGCAGCCUGCUCACGUCGCUCCUGUGGGUGGCGCUCGCUACUCUGCUGUGUCUCGAGUAUGUGUGUGUGCGCAUUGUCCUGCGCCUCCAGUACAAACUCUCGGUCAUCCUGCUGCUCCUGGGACAUCGCAGGCUGGACUUCGGCAUUAUAAACGAGAUCUUCAUAUACAGCAUGCACAUCACCAUGUUCCUGGUGGGAGGACUCGGGUGGUGCUUCAUGGUGUUUGUGGAUAUGUAGACGGUUUAAAGAAAUGUGGAAAGUAACAUUUACACACAGUUCAAUCAGUGCCAAAUGUAGUCGAUCAGCCAAGAUCUGAUUGGGACGUGAAGGUUUAGUUUUGAACUGUGGAUCUGAGGCAAACCCAAGAAACUCAGAAUGAAAGUUUGUUUCACACAAAAUAUAUCUAAAUUCCUCAUGAAUCUAAGUGUAAAUUAACUGUGGAUGUGAAUCUCAUGCUUACACUUCAUAUCUAUUCACUACUCAUCCAAUAUGAUUUGAUUCAUCACAAAUACAAUAUGAUUCACUUCUGAUCAGAUAUGAUUCAGCGUUGAUACGAUUCACUUUAGCACUGAUUCAGAUUUAAUUCUGCAAAAGUUAAUGGGUGGUGUUUAGGUGGUGUCAUGAGAUCAAGGGUAAAAAAAAACUGUACAAGAUGGCCAGCACAUUUCAGCGUUCAGAUACACGGUGAUGUUUUGUUGCGUUUAAAAAUAACAGGAAGUCAGACUGUUUGUGUCACUUAGGAUCAGGACGGCGUUAUGAGACUGUAGUUAUCUACGCUGGCCUUGUAGCUCCGGUGCAACACUGAUGAGUGAAACAUCACACACGCACCAAAUGUCUUGGCUGAUCGAACUGGCAUGAAGUGUGUAAUUUUUAUAAACUAUUUCUUUAAACACUUUUAACACAACACUAACUAAUACUAAUGUGCCAACUGUUUACUGCAUGACAAACUCCGGACUGUUCCGAGUGUUGCUGACUGACUUCUGUUGGGGAAAAUGAUCACCAACUCGUUCACAUUCCGUAUGAUUUCAGCAUGCUCCGGUGGUGAUGUCCUAGUCAAGGUGCAGUCUGUGUGUCUUCAUUGUUAACCUCAAAGCAGUAAUUGUAGCUUUAAAGGAGAAGCUCAACGAGGCUGAAUUCACUAAAACGGUGUCACCUGAAAUCUUUUCUUUGGUAAAUAAUUACCUCAAAGUCAAUCAUAGACUCGUCUCAUUGUUUAAAAAAGGCUGUAGCUUGUUGAUGUCAUUCAGGAAAUAUAAGGAUAUAAGGAUUUGGGAAAGAAUGUAUGGAAAAGAUUUCAGAUGCCUCGAGUCGACUGGGUGAGAUUCAAAUCUGUUCAUUCGAAUAAAAACUCAAAUUUCCAUGUGUA